UUGUUUAAAAGCGUCAUAAUUUUUCCUUGGAGAGGAGAAUUUCUUUCUGCCGUUUUCUUUAAUAAUACUACUUUUGACCGAUUCAAUUUGAGCUGAGUUUGAAAACGGUUUUUUGAAAUUUUUGUGAAAGCGUUUGUUUUUGGGAUGAGAGAUUGUGGUUUCUUUUCCCUUUCCUUUAAUUAAUUUUGCAAAGAAAACGAUAAAUUGUGUUUAACUACAAAAUCCAACUCAUCCCCUGUUCAAUAUGUUCAAAUUUCAGUCACUAUUUCAUUUAUCGGUCAGAUACUACUGUGAAAAGUAAUUUGUUUUGUCAAUUGAAUUCUCCUGUUUCAUUCUUUAAUUAUCUUUAGAUAUUUUUUCAGUUAGUGUGAACUAUUGCGGCUGGGGCUUUGAAUUGUUAUCUCAUGUUAGUAUUCCAUUUGCCUGCUUUGCAGAUUUCUGCUUUUGGUCUAAGAGAGGAAAGUGAAUCGCUUGUCCUUUAUUCCUAGCAGUGUAAAGAUUAUUCGUACAUGGGUCCAUUAUCGGAACUAGCACAUGCGGGGAAUCAAAAUAAACCCUACGGAAUUCAAUUCUUAAAAUGCAUAAGGAAAAACAGAGUUUCCUACAAAACCUACCAAGCCAUUGUCUUGAUUGUAACAUUUUUUGCAUACGCUAGCUACCAUGCUGCUAGAAAAACCACAAGCAUUGUCAAGAGCACUCUUGAUCCUGAAUCAUCGGAGUUGGGUUUGAAGCUCUUUCCAUGGAAGAUCACUUACUUGAGUGAACCAGUAGAAAGAAGGCUUUCAUGGAAACUAGGAGAUGGUUGGGCCCCUUUUAAUGGAUCAGAUGGUACUGCCUUGCUUGGUGAACUUGAUGUAGCUUUUCUCUCUAUAUAUGCCAUGGGAAUGUAUUUCUCUGGACAUAUAGGUGAUAGGAUGGAUUUAAGGAUCUUUUUGACGAUAGGAAUGGUGGGAACAGGCUUAUUUACUUCGCUGUUUGGUGUUGGAUAUUGGGCAAAUAUACAUAAUUUUUACUACUACUUGAUAAUGCAAAUGCUUGCUGGUUUGUUGCAAUCAACUGGAUGGCCUUCAGUGGUUGCUGUGGUUGGGAACUGGUUUGGGAAAACCAAGAGGGGGCUGAUUAUGGGCAUAUGGAAUGCUCACACCUCGGUUGGGAACAUUUCAGGGUCUGUGAUUGCUGCUGCAAUGUUGAGCUAUGGAUGGGGCUGGUCAUUUGUUGUUCCUGGCUUAAUCAUUGCUUUUAUUGGCUUGGUGG